AUGUCCAACAGCAGCUCCAUGCCCCAGUUCCUCCUCCUGGCAUUUGCAGACAGGCGGGAGCUGCAGCUCCUGCACUUCUGGCUCUUCCUGGCCAUCUCCCUGGCUGCCCUCCUGGCCAACGGCCUCAUCCUCAGCGCCGUAGCCUGUGACCACCACCUGCACACCCCCAUGGGCUUCUUCCUGCUCAACCUCUCCCUCACAGACCUGGGCUGCAUCUGCACCACUGUCCCCAAAGCCAUGCACAAUUCCCUCUGGGACACCACAACCAUCUCCUACAUGGGAUGUGCUGCACAGGCCUUUUUCUUUCUGUUCUUCAUCUCAGCAGAGUUUUCCCUCCUCACCACCAUGUGCUACGACCGCUACGUUGCCAUCUGCAAACCCCUGCACUACGGGACCCUCCUGGGCAGCAGAGCUUGUGCCCACAUGGCAGCAGCUGCCUGGGCCACUGUGUUUCUCAAUGCUCUGCUGCACACAGCCAAUACAUUUUCCCUACCCCUGUGCCAGGGCAAUGCCCUGGGCCAGUUCUUCUGUGAAAUCCCUGCCAUCCUCAAGCUCUCCUGCUCACACUCAGGCUACCUCAGGGAAAUCGGGCUCACUGUGAUUAGUGCCUGUUUAGUGUUUGGUUGUUUUGUUUUCAUUGUUUUCUCCUAUGUGCAGAUCUUCAGGGCUGUGCUGAGGAUUCCCUCUCAGCAGGGACGGCACAAAGCCUUUUCCACGUGCCCCCCUCACUUGGUCGUGGUCUCACUGUUUGUCAGCACUGGCUUGUUUACUUACUUGAAGCCCCCUUCAAUCUCCUCCCCAUCCUUUGAUCUGUUGGUGUCAGUUCUGUACUCAGUGGUACCUCCAGCAUUGAACCCCCUCAUCUACAGCCUGAGGAACCAGGAGCUCAAGGACACACUGAAGAAAAUGAUGACUGGAUGUUUUUCAGAAGCAAAAAUGUUUCUGUUUUCUGCUCCAUAACAUUCAGAAUGGAUGGCCCAGCCUUCCUUCUCAGGUUUCUUAUGGCAAUAAUUUGUGGGAGCUGUUCUCUUUUUUCUUGCAAUAAUUUUUUUCCACAAAAGAAAAUGUUUUUCUUCCUGCCCUUUCUAAUUCAUUGUCUACUAUUGAAUUUGAUUCUGAUACUGUCUAAAUGAGGAAUUGUAAUUUAUGCAUUUCAAAAAAACUAAUUUUCUUGUAGAAACUUUUUUGGAUGAAAUCCUUCCUCUGGUACUUUUGAAGUAGCAGGGACUGUCCCUGUGUGCAGAUGAAGAGAGAAAAGGAGUCCCAGCACAGCAGCACUGCCAGGGAGCACCAGAACUUAUUCUGAGCUGCUCUCUUUCAACUUCCACGCUCUCCUUCUGCACCCAUGUGUAAGACCUGACUGGUUUGAUA